AUGACAGAAAAACAUAAAGCAGCCAGCCGCAAGGCGGCGCACAGCAGCAGCAGCGAGGCCGCUGAGCCAAGUGGCGCUGCAGCAGUAGCUGCGCCGGAGGCAGCAGCAGCAGCGGCUUCAGAUGCAGCUGCAACAGCAGCAGCAGCUGCAACAGCAACAGCAACGACAGCAGCAGCCGAAGAGGAAGCACUCAAAGAAGAAAGCCACGCGCCAACGCCAACAGCUUCCUUGGCGGAAGCAGCCCCAACAAACGCGUCAAGAAGCACGGCGGCGCAAGCAGCAGCAGCCACAGCAACAGCAGCAGCAGCAGCAGCCACAACAACGGCAGCAGCAGCAGCAGCCACUGCAACAGCAGCAGCAGCAGCAGGCUCGUUGGCUGGUGGAAGUGCUGUGUCUGUGUCUCGGCUGGGCCUGACUGCUGCUUCUCUGGCUGCUGUUGAAGAGGCCCACUUGUGCGGGCUGGGGUGGCUGCAGCUGCCCACAGACUUGAGCUGCCUGCGCUCGCUGCGCUAUGUGUGGCUCUGCAGCAACAGGCUGCGGUCUUUGGCUGCGUUGGCUGUUUGCGGGGGCCUCAAGGAAGUUUACGCAGACAGCAACGAGCUGGUUGCUGCUCCGCUGCUGCCCAGCAGCAGAAACAGCCUCGAGCUGCUUUCUCUUGCUGCCAACAAAGUCCAAGACCUCAACCAGCAGCUCACAACACUUGCUUCUUUCCUCAGGCUCUCCCAGCUUAACCUCAAGGACAAUCCAGUGGCUGCUGAGACUCUGUACAGACCCCGAGUUGCACAAGCCUGCCGUGAGCUGCGCCUGCUGGAUUUGCUGCCAGUUGAAAAAGAAGAGAGACAACUCACUGCUGCUGGGCUUCCGGCCGCCACGCCUAGGCGUAAUUUUUCGAAGCAGCAGCAGGAGCGGCAGCAGCAGCUGCUGCUGCAGCAGCAGCAGCAAAAGGACGCCGCCGCGGCUGCAUCUUACGUAUCAAACGGCUGCUUCGAGUUCUCCGUUUGCUUUUCGAAAAACGAGAGACUCGCGCUGCUUGCUGCUGCAGCAGCAAAGAAGGAGAGAGAAGAAAUUAACAACCUGCGACCCUCUUUAAAGCAACAGCUGCUGUGUCCUGAACCCCCAACAAAGACACAAAAGCGCAAUGAAGCAGACACUAAGCAGCAGAAACAUCAAAGAGCCACAAGCCGAGUGGCCGUUUCCAGUAGCAGCAGCUGCAGCAGCUGCUGCUCCUUGGAGCCCUGGCAGCUGGAGGUGGUGAAUGGUCACCUUAAGACUUUGGCAGCCAGCGAAUCAAGCAGCAAAGCUGCUGCUGCAGCAGCAGUAGCUGCUGGCAGUGCUGCUGGUGCUGCAGCAGCUGGGCCCCGCAGGCCGAGCCGCAUGACGGCGUCUAGGCAACCAACCGAAACAGCAGCAGCUGCAGCAGCUGCAGCAGACGCAGCCAUAAUCCCGUGGAACGAAUGCCGACGCUUUUGCAGUGAGCUGCAGCAAGACAAGAGGUUCAUUGGUUUGUCUUUGUCUGCUGCUGCUUCCUCCGCGCUUGAGGCUUACAUAUGCAAUAGCAUUGAAGAAGCCAAGAAAAAAACGGAAGCAUUAGCAGCAGCAACAGCAGCAGCCCCACCAAAUCCUGCACUCUCUGCUUCUCUCAAAACGUCAAGCGGAACAGCAGCAACGAAAGGCCGUGCAACUGCAACGGCUGCUUCAGCAGCUGCAGCAGCUGCUGCUGCAGAGCAGCAGCAAAACAAAGAUGCCGCAGCUGUAGCAGAUGCUCAGCAGAAGUUGCGCGGCGUCCCAGUCAAAGAGUUCCGACAGUGGCUGCUGCAGCAACAGUGGCAGCUCAGGAAGCCCAAAGAGAUCCGAGAAGCUGCGGACUGUCUGUAUGCCCGAGCGCAGCGGCUCUUGCAGCAGCAGAUACAGCAGCAAGCGCAGCAGCAGUUGCAAGCGCAGCGGCAGUUACAAGCGCAGCAGCAGCAACUGCAGCAGCAGCAGCCAGCCCAACAGCAGCAGCCGGUGCAGCAGCAACAGCAAGUGCAGCAGCAACAGCAAGUGCAGCAGCAGCAGCAAGCGCCGCAGCAGCAGCAAGCGCAGCUGCCGCAGCAAGUGCAGCAGCAGCAGCAAAAAGCUUUCGCUGCAGUAAAUCAGGUAAAUGCUUGGCCAAGCUGA